GCGGGCGGGCGGGCGGUGUCCGCGCGGGACGAGGCGGCGCCGAGGGAGCCGUGUCGCGGGGUCGGAUCUCCUCUUUCUCCUCCCUCUGCUCCCGGGCCGGCGGGCUGAGCCCUCGCCAUGGACUCGCAGAAAGAAGCUCUGCAAAGGAUCAUUUCUACUCUGGCAAAUAAAAAUGAUGAAAUUCAGAACUUUAUUGAUACACUAAAUCACACGCUAAAAGGAGUCCAGGAAAAUUCCUCUAACAUACUUUCAGAGUUAGAUGAAGAAUUUGACAGCUUGUAUUCUAUAUUGGAUGAAGUAAAAGAAAGUAUGGUCAGCACCAUCAAGCAGGAGCAAGCUCGGAAAUCACAAGAGUUACAGAGCCAGCUUAGUCAAUGUAAUAAUGCCCUGGAGAACUCCGAAGAACUACUAGAAUUUGCUACAAGAUCAUUAGAUAUAAAGGAACCUGAAGAAUUUUCAAAGGCUGCCAGACAGAUCAAGGAUAGAGUCACAAUGGCCUCAGCCUUUCGCCUUUCUUUGAAACCAAAGGUCAGUGACAACAUGACUCAUUUAAUGGUGGAUUUCUCUCAGGAAAGACAGAUGCUGCAAACUUUGAAGUUUUUGCCAGUCCCCAAAGCUCCAGAGAUAGAUCCAGGAGACUGUUUGGUGGCUGACAACUCUGUGACAGUAGCUUGGAGAAUGCCAGAGGAAGACAGCAAGAUUGACCAUUUCAUACUGGAAUACAGGAAAACUAACUUUGAUGGACUUCCACGUGUAAAGGAUGAGCGAUGUUGGGAGAUGGUUGAGAAUAUUAAGGGUUCUGAGUACACAUUGUCAGGGUUAAAGUUUGACUCAAAGUAUAUGAAUUUCAGAGUACGAGCUUGUAAUAAGGCUGUGGCUGGAGAAUAUUCUGACCCAGUAACCCUAGAGACCAAAGCACUUAACUUCAGUUUGGAUAACUCAUCAUCCCAUUUGAACCUGAAGGUCGAAGAUACCUGUGUAGAGUGGGAUCCUACUGGAGGAAAAGGCCAAGAAAGUAAAAUUAAAGGAAAAGAGAAUAAGGGCAGUGUCCAUGUUACUUCCCUGAAGAAACAUACAAGAAGUGGUACACCAUCCCCCAAACGGACAUCCGUAGGCUCCAGGCCACCAGCAGUGAGAGGCAGCAGAGACCGUUUUACUGGGGAAUCAUACACAGUGCUGGGAGAUACUGCUAUUGAAAGUGGUCAACAUUAUUGGGAAGUAAAGGCCCAGAAAGACUGUAAAUCCUAUAGUGUGGGAGUGGCAUACAAAACUUUGGGAAAAUUUGACCAGUUGGGAAAGACAAACACUAGUUGGUGUAUCCAUGUCAACAACUGGUUACAAAACACAUUUGCAGCAAAGCAUAAUAAUAAAGUCAAAGCAUUGGAUAUAUCUGUUCCUGAGAAAAUAGGUGUGUUUUGUGAUUUUGAUGGGGGUCAGCUUUCUUUCUAUGAUGCAAACUCAAAACAGUUGCUGUAUUCCUUUAAGACAAAAUUUACUCAGCCAGUUCUACCUGGUUUCAUGGUUUGGUGUGGUGGACUAUCUUUGAGUACUGGGAUGCAGGUUCCAAGUGCUGUACGAACACUUCAGAAGAGUGAAAACGGAAUGACUGGUUCCACUAGCAGCCUGAACAACAUUACUCAGUAAUGUGUGCUCAGAAUAUGUUCCCUUCCUCUUUGACUGAGUGGCCUUUACUGUGCAUUUAUUAACACAGGCACUUGUGAAUGCUCGAAAUCAGGUUGGCUAUGUUUUGCUUUGAGGUUCAGCAUCUGUUAGUUUAAGCGCCUACUAUGAAGGAGACCCAGGAGUCUGCAGUGGCACAGAAGAAGCAAACAAGAGAUGGAUGCUCUCAUGGGGAAUGGAGAAGAGUUCAUGUUUAAAUGUGAACUAGUCCUGUGAACCUACUGAACUUGUUUGGGUUUUUAAACAGUUUGGCUCUCCUAGUCGAGUUAUUUCAUAUGAUGACCCUAGGAUCUGGGCUGGAAAGCUUUUAAAGCUUGCCAUCCUUUCUCCCUGCAGUCUUGUUCUUGUCUCAUCUUUACCUGUUACCUGGUUCUUACACUGACACUUUAGAAAGCAUUGACUAGGGAUGAUAGAAAAGUUUUCUUAUAGUGGUUUAUUUUCUCCUUUUAUAAAUAAGUUGAGUUUUGCUAAAUUGACUUAUUUAUUUACUAAAUUUGUAUCAUUUUUCACCUGUUAAAGUAUGGUGAUGUUUCUCCUGUGGUUAUAACUCAAAAUAUGGGGCAAUUGGAAAUAAUUUAAACGGCUCAAAAUCACCUCAGUUUUGGUUCUGUGCUCGCUGUACUGAUACAGUGGCCAAGUAGUGCACCAUGCAUGCUGCUGUUGAACUAGACCUGCAUUCUACUGCUAGGAUGAUAGAUAGGGAAGAUUUUAAAAACUUGUUUUCUGAUUUUGUUCUCUAAUUUAAUCCCCUUUUUAAUAGUUAUUUUUGAUAAAAUUUUCCACAGAUUUGUCACUGAUUGUAAUUAUUGCUGAUUCUUAAAACUAUUACUAGUAAGAAUGAAAGUUUAGUAAAUCCUACAUUAAUCGAUUUUAUCUAAGAAGAAAAGGGUACAAAGGGAUGUGUCUAAAAUUACUAUUUAUUGAAAUAAUUUAUAUCUUCUUAUGUAAGAUAUGGAAUGGUUUAAACAACUGUUUUGGAAAGUCUGCCUGUGUCUUAACUGACACAUGAGGCUUUUGAGUAACAAUCUGAAGGUUAUUUUUUCUCUGUCUUUUUGCUACAUUCAUUUGCUUUCUAAAGAGUAUGAUUCUUCAAAAAAUAACCACUGGAAUUUUUCCCAUACCUAGGGAAAUCUGUGAAACAGUGAGUAAAAUCUGUGUUAAGUAGAAACCCAAUUUUUAAAAAUUGAUUUAAAUGUUUAGAUCUAAAACUGUGAGUCAUACUGUAAGUUAUACAGGAUUUUAAAAAUGACUUCAGAUUUUUAAAUAAAUGGGAAUGUGUAUGUUUCUUAAUUUUUGAAACUUUUCUCUCAUUUUAAACUGAAUUUCUUUGGCUAUGAAAACCUUGCCCCCAGAAGUGACCAUUAUCACUUACACUUGAGCUGCUUUCUAUAUAAGGCUUAUGUAAUAGUAAUAGUUCAUUCCCACUUAAAAUUUACUAUUAUUGAUAUGACUUUUGCCUUUGAUGUUACAUAGUGACCUAAGAUAUUCUUUCCAAGACAACAAAUGUCUACUACGGUCUGAUAACAUGUUGGUAAAUUUGAAACAAUUAUAAAGCAGCUUACAGACUAAAGUAUGUUAUUGGUCUUUCAAUUCCAAAGCAAUAUUUUACUUUAUAUUCCUCAUCCUUUGAACAAAAAAUUUGGGGUUUUGACUCCCCAUACAAGAGCUAUUCUAGGACUUAAAGAAAUAGGAUUUUAUUCCCUUUCAUAGACUAAAACUUGAAAGUAUUAAUUUAUGACAGUUGCUUCAUGUAACUACACAGUAUAUUUUAGCAAAAAUGAUAUGGAAAAAGCCAGGUGUCCUUGUAUAGAUUUUUUUACUAUUAUGUCUUGCAUAAUUGUGUCUUCUCAUUUAUUCAGUGCCUUUUUCCUCUAAGCAUGCUCAGUGGUGACUAAAAUUGAAGCCAGGCAUCAUUAUAUUGUAGUGGUGAGGGCUUUCUAUUGUGGGGGUAAGGGGAAAAGGUAGUAUUAAUCAGGAGCCUGGGGAGUGCAUAUGAUUUUUUUUCUUGUCCUCAUUCCGUCAUUUGAAAUUUCUUGUAUACAGUUUUCUAACAUUCAUUUGGGAAAUAUAUAAAUGUCACUGGGGAAGGUUUGAUUUCUCAGCAUCUUUGUAGUCAAAAAGGAAUAAAUUCAGGUUCUGAGCUUCUCAACACUUCUAAUACUUGGAAUGAGAUUAUACCUUCAUUGCUUCAAAAUAAGCAGCUAGCAUUUUCCCUUUAUAAUUCUUCUUAGGUAUUUCUAAAAUUAAAGAACAAAAUGUAUAGUAUUUUAGUUUGUUUUAAGAAUUUUCAGGUUGUUAAAUGGAGAAAAAUACUCUCAUUUCCAAAUUAAAGAUGAUUAAAUAUAGUGCCUACUUAAAUAGUCUCAAAAUAAGGUAACCAUGAACUUGAUCAUAAUUAAUAUUCUCAUUAAUAUCAAAUUCUAAAAACAAUACUGAGCUCUGAGCUGGAGAGAUGGCUUAGUAGUUAAGGCGCUUGCCUGAGAAGCCUGAGGGCUCAUGUAUUACUCUCCAGGUCCCAUGUAAGCCAGAUACAGUGACACAAGCAUGCAAUGUCACACAUGGA